AUGCUCGGGGUCUUCCGAGGGGGCGGGCGGGGCGGAGCCGGCGGGGGGAGGGCUCGCGGGGCAGGGGGGGGGAGGGGAAAAUUGGUUUCUUCGCCCAUUCCCGUCCAGGCAGCUCCUUCCCUCUUUCCUCCCGGGCCUGGUGACACCGGGUGGCGUGCGCUGCAGUGUGUACGAGAGCGAGAGCGUUUGUACACGCCUCCGCCACUACAGGCGAAUAAUUCGGUUCUCAUCCACCGGGAACUCAGUGCGCACGCACGCCCCCCUCGGGGAGGCCGCGGGUCGCGCGCUGCCGAUUGUUGCGCUCCGGCCCACACCGACACACACCCCAUUCCCGGGCGGGGGGGUGGCCCUCAACAACCCGCCCCCCUCCAUCCCGCCCCAGCCUCAGCAGCGCCCUCAGCCAGGCCCGCGAGUCCCAGACUGGGGAGAGGAAAUCGAGUCCCGGAGACCCUGCGCCCGGCCCUCGGCCGCCCCCUCCUCCCCAAAAGCCGCUCUGCCGGGACACGGGUGUGCGGCGCCGGGUCCCAGGCACCCCAGCCGGCCCCACGUGCCCUGGCCCAGCCCUGCCACCCUGGGGCGGACGCGGAAGAGCGGGGGUCCCUGCGCCCUUCUCCCCUCCCCGCGGCCCCGCAUCCCCGGCUUUUUCUAUCCUCUCCGCCCCGUAGCGGGCAUAGAGCCCCCACGCUGAGCCCACCCAGGCCUCGCAGGGCGCGGGCGGCUGUCCCGGCCAGAAGCGGGUGCUCGUCGCCUACCUCUGUCCCCAGAGACCCGGGCGCUGGGCGGGCGCGGCUGCGCUACCCCCUCGGUGGGCUCCGCGCGGCAGCAGGGCUGGCGGCCCAUGUCAUCGCCGGCGUUUGUCUCGCCCUGGCGCUGGGGCUUUCAGGGCUGGCGGCCGCCGGGACACUCCCCUCCCAGGCUCCGCCCGCGCCCGCCCCCCGCACCCCUCUGCGCCGGCGUCACCGCGCCGCCGCAGCCAAUGGCCUGCCCGAGCCUCGUCCCGGCCGCUCGGCCUCCCGCGUUCAAAUCUGAAAGCCAGAGACUCUCCGAGCUCCUCGUGGGGUGGCUGGGCCCGCCCGCCUUCCGGGGACCCCCUCCCCCAGCCUGCGCUCCGGCCGCGAAGCCCCUCUGGGGUCCCCAGGGCCAGUGGCGCGUCUCCGUCCGGGCCCUGGCUCAGGCUCUCUUAAGGCUCUUCCCCAUUCUGCGCGACGACGAGAAACCAGCCUGGGUGGCGGUUCUCCUUCCUGUUCCCUCCGGGGCCUGCCAGUCACCUCCUGGCCCCAGCACUGACCCAGAGGGAGCGGGAGGCCCCGCGACGCCAGAUUCGCGGAUUCCAUCCCACACUGACCGGAGACGAGAGGGGGUGGGGAGGAGCCGGCCCCCCCAGGGCCGGGCCUGGGCCUGGGUGUGAGAGAGGUCCCAGCGGGGUGACCUGUCUUUGAUCGCCCUGCGGUCUGCGGCUUUUACCUCCAAAGUAUCCGCUGAGGCUAAAUUUUGCUCCAAGUGAACCUCCAGGGUGAUUAACUCUUGAGUCCCAGGCCUCGGUCUCUAGUCUUCUUAGAGGAAUACUCUCGGGUUGUAAAUGAUCAUUGCAAGUGAAAAAUGCCACGAGUGAGAUUCUGGACACAAAGGGACAGUUCCCUUGCCGUUAGCAACCCCCCUCGUUUUUGAAGGGGGUGGGUGAGGGAAGGCUUCAGAUUCUUUUACGACAGACAGUGGUCCCCUGGGAACAGUGUGCUUUCCGGGGCGAGACACCUGGGCGAGAAAGUUGGGGUUCAGAGCAAUUUGGGAGGCAGACACGAGUUCACUCUCUGGCUGGGGUGCCGUGGGGAAGCCACUCACCCCGACCUCCCCGCCCUCCGGAGCCUGGAUCGCCUUGUGUGGCCAAGAAGCCGUGGGGUCCCCCUGCAAGCGGCAUCUGGGGAGGCUGGGGAGAGGAAUGAGGUGUUAGCUGUGAAAGGCUUUGUGACUAUAAAACAGCCGCAGUGGAGUAGCUUGUUGUGAUUUGGGGGAGGCAAAGGUGUCCUCAGAAGACACAGGAGCUGCAACAGGACUCCGGGAAAGGCUGGUCGGAAAGCGGAUUGGAUGCACCUCUGGCUUGGAAUUCCAGCUGCCACAGGUACGAGCUGACAAGUCAUCCACCAGCUUCCCCACCUGUAAAAUGACAGCAGUCCCCGCCUUCCCCUGUUGGGGAGGGAGAAAAGCAUGGAUAAGAACGAUGCAACCAAAGCUCUGGGCUCCUGAGAAAAUCAGUGUAGACUUCCACGGACGGCAGGGACAAUAAAACACAGCAAAGACUGACUUGUCCAAGAUUACACAGCUAAUAAGGCCGGAUCCUGGGUUACAGACAGCUAGAUGGUCAGGAUCCUGCCAGAAAACCACAGGCGGCAGGAGGGAAAGACGCCAGAGACGCAUGACUAGUCUUGUUACUGUGCCGGCCGUGGGGGGCAGGAGGAGGUUGCCAGGGGAGCCUGCGCCUCAUCUUCCCGGAGCAGACAGGCUGCCCAGGAGCGGUCUGCAUCCUCGUUUCCAGAACGGACUCGCCCUGCCACAAGGCACUUCUUAGCAGGCCACAGUAAUGGCUCAAAUCACCACCUGCCCCGCUCACCCCCUGCCACCCUACCCCCAGCCUACAGCCCCACCAAAGGCCCCAAUCAAAUCUCUUCCUGGAGCUCAGCACAUGGCCUGGGGGUGAGGAUCACUGGAGCCGACAGCAUCACUCAGCAUCCCAAUGCGAAGUGACACCUCUGCCCAGAUGUUCCGAGUGCUUAAAGGAGCAGUCCCCCCAAAUCAGGAGGUCCUCACACUUGCAGCAUUUACUGGGGCACUCCUGCCUUCUACCCUCCCUUUGUACGGAGCCCUCAAGAUCUCAGACAUUUUCAUUACAGUUCUGAAGCAUUGGGGGUGGGGUG